AAAGAAGAAGAAAAAAGGCCCGUAUUGCGAGAGGUCUGAGCCACGACGUUCGCUCAAGGUUUCUCCUUCUUCUGGCCCCCUUCCAGUCACUCAGGUGAAUCUUUGCGGUUGCGGCACCAAACAUGGGGGACGAAACUGAAAAUGAAGUCGCCUCAACUGCGGGUACAGAAAUAAAACGAAGUGACGAAGGCGACGAUACAGGCAAGAAAGUAUUUCUGCUCUGCUGCGCCGUUUGCCUCCUCGCGCUGUUCAUUGGUCUGCUUUUAUGGACAUCCCAUUUGAACCAGGAGGAGGACAUCGAUGCUAACGCCACCUACAAACCACCGAAACACAAAGGUCCAGAAGGCAGCGGCGCAGCAACUUCAGCUCAAGACCUCGGAACAACUGCCACGUUAACGACUAAAAUAUACGUUACAGUUCAGCCCCACAGAUCUGAACAGGAUUCAACCCAGAGUGUAACAACGAAAUCGUCAGGAAUGAACACAGCAGCAACUAUUCUAGCUACUUCCAGUUCACCUGAGCCAGCAUCAAGCACCGCGACCCCGACUAAAGCAAUAGCUACGACCCCGAGUAAAGCAAUUGCUACGACCCCGACUGUUACGACAACACCGGCCACGACCGCAUCAACGUUACCACCCAUCGUUUACAGACCCCCGACCUUGUACUCUGUAGUGUGCACCGUGGACUGCAACAUCAGGAUGGAGGUCCCGCCGGACGGUGUUUGCGACUUUAUAUUUUUCGACUCUCUAUAUGUGACUUGCGGUGGCGGAGUCGGCGGCGCACAAACGACGCCCAAGUUACAGCGUUUCUUCGACCUGGCCACUCAAGGCAACCACACGCAGUUUGGAUGCUCCAUUGACGCAUUACAUCUUGCAGAAUUCGUCGACGACAUCGGGAAAUCAGAUUCCCUGAAAUGGGCUCAGGAGAAACUGUGGGCAAACAACGUGUACCACUGGGGCGUCAUGAAUGUCUAUCACGUUCUCGUGUUCCAACACCCGGAUAUCGUGAAGAAAGCGCUCGAGGCCUUGAAGGCAGUGGCCCACUUCUCCCAGCCGUCCUCAGUAAAAAGGGUGGCGUCGUAUACAUUUCUCGGAGUAUAUGUCCUACCGUAUCUGAAACCCUGUGAAAAUAUCGGCCUCCACACGAAGUCUGUCUUCUCACCGGACAUGAUUGUCGUGCUUGGACAUCUUUCGUACCAAGAGAACAAAUUCAAAGGAUUCGCCUACUAUUGCUAUGUAUUGGCGCCCAAUCUGCUUACUUUGGACCAGCAUAUUGUGUAUUCCAGAAACAAGACCGCCUGGUACAGUCAUACACUCGGUGAUGCGGCGGUCCUUGCGACUUGUCUUCGUCAGGAACGAGACAUCAAAAGUCCGCUUGCAAUUUCUUUUACACUAAAAGGCCGGAUGUAUCAGCCUAAAGUAAAAGAGGCCAUCGACGAAACGUUGUUCAAGAAAUGCAUUCCCGGAAAUUUUUCGCAAUACGUGGAUCCCCUUGAGUUCUGUGAUCUCGCCAAGAAAGGCUACAUCAGUGGGCCGUUCUUCGUGAAUAUUGACAAAACGAACAUUGCUUUCGUAACAACACCGGAAAGGACCACAGUCGUCUACUUCGACAGUAAAGACACGCUUCGUUUGAAGAUCUGUGUAUUGAAAUACCAAGCAGUGGAUCUCGCCGUGAGCCUAGCUCCAUACGACGUGAAUUACGACUUUGAUUCAUUCGAUUGCAACGCCGUCAGCAACUUUUCAAGGACUGUACACAUCGCGACGACUGUUUUAGACUUUAUUAAGAACCGUUUCACUGACGGCUCAAGAAAAAGCAGUUGCAUAGCCCUUGGAAAAGGUUUUCUUGGCGCAUAAAUUCGACCUUACUUUGG